GGGGCGGGAUCUUCUACAAAUGGUGUCUUUUGAUGAAGAGUUGGUAGAAAUAUCCAAGUGUCUCCACUUGCCAUUCGCCAGGACUUGUUUAUAAUCAUGUACUAACCCCUGCAUUGAGAUAUAUACUUAUUAUGAUUAAAAAUUCAAUCAGAUAAAGGUUUCCUUUUAUUGUUCACGAUUUCUGUUUCGUCCAGUGUGACGAACAAAACGCAGAUGAUGGGGAACUCGAAAUCAGGGAACCUGAAAAGCGCAACCUUUUCCCUCUUGGCUCGAGCGUCCCACCUGUCUUUGUCUCGGCUUCCCCAACUGUAUUUUUCCGCAUCCUGACGGGAAUCAGCACGGCCCAUCCAGCCGUAACAGUCGCCUAUGGUUACACAGAUAAACCUGGAUGUUACGAGGACGAGGACGAGGACGAGGACGAGACAGAGUGUAAAGGCACCGGUGGCAUCAUUAUGUCCAAAAACUACUUUAACGACUAUGGUGAAGACUUGCAACAUACGUGGACCAUUAUCACCAGACUCUGGACCAAAGUCCUCUUUACCUUCAUUGAAAUCGACGUCUACUCUCCCGAGGACGACUGCGGUGACGAUUACGUUAACGUUUCCUACUCUGGAGAACAUAAGGUGUAUUGCAAGGUUCCCGGGAAGUCAGCGGUCGUAGAGUCAUCGGGCAAUUGGAUGCAGAUCGAGUUCUAUUCUGACGUGCAGUACACCAUAGGCCACACAGGGUUUUUGGGAGAAUACCGAACAGAACUCCUCAACCCGGAAUACUCACAGCCUGCGGAUAACGACAACUACACUUGCCAGAACGACUCGGUAAUCUUCCAAGGUUCCUGUUACAGUCUGUUUCGCCUCUCUGAAGACAUAACCUGGAAGGAUGCUGAGGAGGAAUGUUUGGCCAAACAAGCUCAUCUUGUGAGCAUCAGAGACAUUGACGAGAUGACCUUUCUUCAUUUCAUGAUAUCCACAGCCGAGGGGAAUGAGACGAAAACAGAAACAUACAUCGGUCUUGGGAACAGACAGAAAUAUGGCGUCUUUAGAUGGACAGAUGGGACUCCAAUGUCAUAUACAGCUUGGGCAAAACAGUCAGAUGUUGAUACAACGGAUCCAACAGACAGUCAACCUGAUGGGGCUUCUCUUGAAGCUUGCGUCAUGCUGGUUCUCAACCCGGACUCUCUCGUUGCCCUAAACUUCGACCUUUGGCACGACGUUGCCUGUGCGGCCAAGGAGACCAGUCAGUUCAUAUGUGAACGGCCCGCGGAUAGAAUAAACGAUACAGGUUCACUCGUCGAUGUGCAACUUCCAGUCUACAUGCCAGACGUUGAUGAUGACGGACGUAGACUUGCCGUAUUCCAUUGUUCCUCGGGGGAGUUUAUAAAUGAAGUUUUCUUCUGUGACGGCAAAGAUGAUUGCAUAGAUCGGAGUGAUGAGAAAAAUUGUCCUAAUGAUAACAAAUGCUUGGCCAAUCAGUUCCAGUGUACAGACGGUGCCUGUAUUGCGUUAGCAUUCUUUUGUGAUACCGUUUCACACUGCCUUGACAACUCGGAUGAAACGGCCUGCAAGUACCCGGAAUGCGAGGACUACGAGUACACUUGUGAAAGCCAGCAAUGCAUUAACGCCAAGGAGAGAUGUGACUUCGUCGAAAACUGUUUCGAUGGUACAGAUGAGAAAGAUUGUGAAAAGAAUGACUACAAUGUAGAAGUCUUCCAGUGCUAUGAUGGAACACUGCUACCGGGCGAGGUCCAUUGCGACGGGAUGAUCGAUUGCAUAGGAAAUACACACGAAGAUGAGAACAACUGUCCAAACCAGGAGAUAUUACAUCAGCGGGAAUUCUACUGCCCCAAUGGCGAAUUGGAGGUUGUACCAUCCAAAUGCAUGUAUGACUUCAACGUCUUCGGCUUGAUCAAAGGGUGUCGUAAUGUCAAGCAUUUGGAGGAUUGCAGGAACAAAAAUGACACAUGCCCUGAGAGCACGAUGAGAUGUCCUAAUUCCUACUGCAUCCCACUACGAUACCGAUGUGACCAAAAGAAAGACUGUCCAUAUGGCGAAGACGAGAAUGAAUGUGAGUCUUUUACCUGUCCAGAAGGCUCCUUUCGUUGCAAUAGCAAACAAGGCAGUAAAGGCCUCUGUAUAAGCCCUCAACACGUGUGCGAUGGCGUCAUUCACUGUCCGGAUAUGGACGACGAACUAUUGUGCUCUGCAUGCCCAGAAGGAUGUGCUUGCAACGAUCUCUCCUACGCAUGCAAUUUGACUGUUGAUGUCAGUCUUCCGUUACCCAGACAACUUAGAAAAUUGUCUUUGAUGUUAAUCAAUGAUACGACAGGAAAUAACACCAGGGUACUCAGACCAAUCGACGAUGACCCGGAAGUAAAUGCUUUUAUUCCGUCCAUGUGGCCAUAUUUGAUCUACUUGGAUAUAAGUCAUUCGGAAAUUUCAGAGGUAAAACCGGGGGCCUUUGAUAAGAACAGGAAUGUGCGGCAUCUCCAUCUUCAUGAGAACAAACUUGGUGAACUCCAAGAAGGAUCUUUCAGAGGCCUUGAGCAACUUCGUUUCAUGUAAGUUUAUGGGA